GCUGUGGGCGACGGCAGCUCAGCCUUGCGGAAAUGACAGCUUUACAAGUGCCGAGGAGCGCAACUUGACUACAGUUGUAUGGUGACCAGGCGACAAACUGGCCUUUUGUUUGAUGAACCGCCAAUUCCGGGCAGCUUGCUAGAUUCGGAUUCUAUAUUAAAACAGCCUUCGAUACGUCACCUCAGAUUGCUCGUUCCUUGCCUCCUGGGGUCACAAACAUGCGACAUUGGUAACGUGCUGGCUCCAAGCUGCCACGAUGGCUCUCACGGGCAGACUGCGACCUAUAGCCACACUUCUCCUAGUGGCAUUUCUAACCCUGUCAUGUCUGCAACCUUCUCGAACCUCCGUCGCCGCCAGAGGCACUGCGAUUCCCGGUCUCGACGAUCCGCCGAUCGACUUCGUCCCAACCGAGCAGCAGAAGCAGAACUACUGGGCCCAAGGCGGCAACGAUAUUGUGCACGAGGUAUGGUCUGUUCUGCGCGACUUUGAGCCGACAUGGAAGAACAACGUGUUGUCGCCUGUCCACCCUACAGGAAUACUCGAGAUGAUAUGGCAUUAUACGAAAGUCGUUUUCCGGGCCUUGUUUAUGAAUGCCCCUACGACGAGGCAGGAUGAUAGCGACGCAGAUAGCGAGACUGUCAGAAUCACAGGGGAUCUGAAAAAGGGAGUGGACACGCUCAGGACCGCAGCGGCGUUCGAUGACCCAGACGCUAUUUUCCUGCUGGCUGAGAUGAAUUUCUACGGCAACUUUUCAUAUCCGCGGAACUUCACCGAGGCAAAAGUCCAGUAUCAACGGCUAGCGGACCUGGACGGCAACAGCACGGCACAAUACAUGCUUGGCCUGAUGUACGCGACGGGAAUCGGCGGGUUGGAAAGAGACCAGGCCCGAGCCCUACUGUACCAUACCUUUGCGGCGGAACAAGACAACAUCCAGUCGGAACUGACACUAGCGUUUCGAUAUCAUGCAGGCAUCGGAUGUCAAAGAGACUGCGAAAAGGCCGUGGAGUAUUACAAACGCGUGGCCGACAAGUCGAUGAAGUACUGGCAAUCCGGACCUCCCGGAGGUCACUCGUUCGUCCGCAAUGCAUAUCGAUGGGUCGAGCUGGAUGGUGGAUUCUACGGCGAGGGCGCCAGCGUCAGCAGUUCAGGACCUAAUGCCGCGCAACGAGAUAGUUUCAGCAGCGCCCAUGUCGACUAUGUCUUGGAAUACUUGGACAUGAGGGAGAGGCAGGGCGAUUAUAAUGCCAUGCUGACGCUGGGGAAACACUACUACGAAGCUCCGCGUGGAUAUAAACGCAACCUGCGCAAGGCGCAACGGCAGUUCAUGAAAAUCGCCCGUGCGUACUGGGGAAAGGAUGGGAAAGUCAAUCCCAAAGCACCCAGGGGUAUUGAGCGUGUCGCCGGCAAGGCCGCCGCGUAUAUUGGACGCAUGUUCCUUCGUGGAGAGGGCAUGGAACAGAACUACGAAAAGGCCUUGUUAUGGCUGAAGCGCGGUCUUGCCAAUGGUGACUCUUUUGCUCAGUAUCAUUUGGGUCUGAUGUAUCGAGAUGGCCUUGGUGUUCCCCAGGAUGGACUGCGUGCAGGAACUUACCUGAAAGCGGCGGCGGAACAAAGUCUCCCAAUUGCUCAAUCGGCGCUGGGGGUUUUAUUUCUUGACCAAGGCGAUGUCGACACUGCCGGGCGGUACUUUGAGCUGGCGGCCAGUGCAGGGGUCAUGGAAGCAUUUUAUUAUCUUGCCGAAUUGACUAGACAGGGCGUCAAGCGGGAACGGAACUGCGGCCUGGCCAGCGUGUACUACAAGGUUGUUGCCGAGCGGGCGGAAAUCUUGCAUUCGCCCUUCGUCGAGGCAAAUGCCGCCUACGACAGAGGAGACUUUGAACGCGCAUACAUUGCCUCCAUCAAAGCUGCCGAACAUGGCUACGAGAAUGCCCAGGCCAAUGUGGCAUAUCUUCUCGACCAGAAAACAUCCGUCAUUUCACUGCCCCCGAAUAUUCCUCUGUUGUCGUCGAAUAAGCCGAGCCACAAGCGCAGCAAACUGCUCAAUGAUCCGGAGCUUGCUCUGGCUUACUUCACCCGCUCGGCGAAACAGGCUAAUGUCGACUCGUUGAUCAAAAUGGGCGAUUAUUACUUGUCGCUUGCAUCGUCGGCGUCAUCGUCAUCGAAGCACAAGAAUCAAAGCGGAGGGUUGUUGACCAAGCUGCUCCACAGGCAGGCCUACAGUGGUGCCGGCCGAGCUGGUGGUGAUGGUACAGAAAGUGCCAACGUCAACGCCAACGAUACAGCAGAGGCACAAGUCCAAGCAAACCUCGAAAAGGCCGCGACAUGCUACACCACAGCAGCAGAAUCGCACCACAGCGCCCAAGCGCUUUGGAAUCUAGGAUGGAUGCACGAAAACGGCGUGGGGUCCGUGACGCAGGACUUCCACAUGGCCAAACGGUACUAUGAUCUCGCGCUCGAAAUGAACAAGGAAGCCUACUUUCCCGUGACGCUGGCUCUCGCGAAAUUGAGAUUAAGGUCAUGGUGGAACGGCGUCAGCGGCGGUAAAAUCAAUUCGAUCCAUGAUGACGAUGACGACGACGACGACGGCAAUGCAGCUGGCCGGAAAAGACCAAAAACCUGGUCUGAGUGGUUGAACCGGUUCCUCGAUGCCGCGGAGGAAAUGGAUGCGCAGGAAGCCGCUGCCGCUGCGGCUGCUGCUGCGGCCAGAGGAGACGAUGACAAUGAUGACUUUUUUGGUGCUGCUGGAUAUCCUGAGCCUGGUAUGCCUGGCGGUGAUGCCGAGUAUGCUGGACCUGGUGGAGAACGACAGGCCGGAGGUGGCGAUCCAGGUCGCCAGCAUCAGCAUCAUUAUCCUGCAAGAGGAGAAGGUGGUGCCGCUGGUGCUGAGGCAAUGUAUAAUCCUGCUGAAGAAUGGGAUGAGUUUGAUGAUGGCUUGGUUGAAAGUCUGAUCAUCAUUGCUCUCGCGGGUGCUUUGGCCUUGUUGGUCUAUGCCAGACAGGCGAGGCAGAGAGGGUUGGAGCAGGAUAGAAGGGAGCAGGAAGAACGGCAACAGCAACAACAACAACAACAACAACAACAAGGUCAACCGCAUGAUCGGCCUCAGGAUGACAAUGGUGGUGGUGUGGGACCAAGAGGGUUGUUUCCGCCGCCAGGAGAUCCAGAGUUCAAUAACUGGGUCGUUGGCGGGAUUGGGCAUUGA